UGAUCCCAACUGUCACACUUCAAUCCAAUUUGGAGAAGGCAUUCCCCGUUUCAAGAUAGGAAUUGCACCAGGCCAUCAAAGCAUAUCAUCAAGAGAACUUAGACGCCAUACACUCAGCGCCCAACUCAAAGUUGAUGAACCGAUGCCGCCCUAACAUUUCUCUUGAUCCCAUUCUUUGGCUCCCAAUGAGCUUUAUUGAGCGUAGUCGCUGUCUUCGUUGGAGACAGGGCUGGCUCCCCAACAACUACUCAGCCCAUUGCCUAUUCCACCCUCUUUGCACACUCACUAAAGCCCACGCCAUUAAAUGCCUACAAAUGCAUAACCGUCUGCAACUUCCGACAACCGUCGUUGACCCCAUUGCUCAUUUGUUGAACCAACUCCCCACUCGACCCAUAAAACAGCAUGUCAAUGCCCCAGUUAAUUGGAGUAUAUCUUGGCCAAUUGUCCAAAUGCUUCUUUUAGAAAUCGAUUAUCUUCAGCACGAGAAAAUUCCCCCCACCCCGUCAGAAACAUUAGGACAGCCCUUGCUAGACUGGCUUUAUGCGUCCACUACGAUCAUUACUUGA